ACGGACAAUAUUUCCAUGAAAAGGAUGAUGAAAACGAUGAUGAAAACUAUGAAGAGAGCGAUGAUGAUGAAGACGAAGUAUGUGUAUCUCAGGCAGAAGAUGAUACUGAACAAACUUUUGUUAAGAUGGACCUGAAUGUUGUUGAUGUAAAGGAGGAGGAGCUGGUAACAAAAUUUCUGUCAAAAGAUUGUUGUAAUAAUGAAUGCCAUACACUGAUACCACGGGAAAUGAUCGAGAGUACGCGGAACAAUUGUUUAGAGAUGUCGAAAAAUGAACUUGAUUUAGUGAUACUAAGUCACAUCGAAGCUGGAAUUAUGAGUAACGAAAAGCUAGAAAGUGUAUACGCAAAGCUUGCUGGGCGGAAGAAAUAUGGACAGAGACAGGAUACAGAAGUUAUGAGGCAUAGAAUUCAAUUUACCUUCUACAGAGUACCUGUUUGUCGUUCGUUUUUCCUUUUUGUACAUGCCUGUACGACGAAGCGUUACGAAAAUUUAGUACGUCAUUUUCACGCACAGGGUGUAACAGUGCGCCAACACGGACUGGCAAAUAAACCGAGUACACAUCCAAAGUCAUUUAAACCGGCUGACAUCGAAAAAGCUGUUAAAUUCAUCGAGUCUAUAGCCGAUUUAAUGGCUCUUCCACUGCCCGGACGACUCCCAAAAUUUAAGGAUUUUCGGAUAAUGAAACUGCCAUCCAGCGAGACGAAGUCCUCAAUUUAUCGAAAAUACAUUUCUUCACUCAGUGAUGACGAAUUGAAGAUGAGUAAUUGCAGUUUUCGACGGAUAUGGUCCAAAUACAUACCCCAUGUUACAGUUAUGAAACCAGCGGAUGAUCUCUGCGAUGUCUGCCGUGGAAACACAAUAUCGAUUGCGCAAGCCAAAGGUGUUACUGACAUUGAACGCGCACAGAAGCUUAAUCAAUUUCUUGAUCACCUCCACCGAGCCCGAAAUCAACGAGAAUAUUAUCAAAGUUGGUGUAGAAAUACUGACCCUACAGCAGUCGUUCUGUCAUUUGAUUUUGCCCAAACCGUUCACUACCCUGUCAGUCCACAACAACCUGGUACAGCAUACUUCAAAGCAACCAAGAAGUGCGGAGUCUUCGGAAUUACAGACGAAAAACAAAAAGUUCAGUACAAUUACAUGAUAGAUGAAAAAGAUGACGUUGGUAAAGGACCUAACUGUGUUGUGAGCAUCCUGCAUUAUCACCUGCAAACCUACUAUAAAGACAUUGAAACACUCGUUAUUUUCUAUGACAAUUGUGUUGGGCAGAAUAAGAAUAACACUGUACUAUCAUAUCUGCAAUGGUGUUUGGCUCGGGGUCUUAACAAAACUAUUUUAUUCAAUUUUCUACUUACCGGGCACACUAAGUUCACGCCUGAUCAUUACUUCGGUAUUUUCAAAAACAGUGAAGAAGCGCAGUCCUUUAAGCUUCUGUUAAAACCUAUCGAUCCUGAAAUGCCUAAAGUUAUACAACCAGCCGGUUUAUCUUUGGAACGUCAGUGGUACAUCUAUCACAAUCUUCGCAGCUUAGUUUCGGAUAUAUCUAAAGUAGAUAUUGUGGCUCCAUUGCCGAAAGAUUUGCCAUCGAAGAAACGGAAGGCAAAAACUAGUGAAGAUGUUCUCAAACCAGACGAGGAACCAGGUUCAUCUUCCUCAGGAUCAACAC